AUGCUCCGCGACGAGCUUCUCCGGUCUAAGAACGAUGAGAUCGCAAACUGUUUGUUGUCGCGCAAGCGAAAACUGACCGAGUUGUAUUAUGCGACCGUGGGCUUCCAGGGCGCGACCGCCGACUCACUAUAUAAUCAAAAAGAACGGGCGUUCCUCGACGCCAACGACCUUUCUAAAGGUCGUUACUUCGACGAAUCCACUUUACCAUCGCCCACCCACGCGCGCGCGCGCUCUCCAGGAAGAAAAGCUGUCGCGUCCGCAGUAGCCAUUGAAGCAAAGGCACAAUCGGUCACUGGUAUCACGCCGCCACCGACAGUCGACGGCCACAUUCCCUCGAUCCCUACCGGCCCUAACCGACAAGGACCAGCGGACGCGACCCGGUCCGACACCGCGACUCCAGCUGUCGCAUCGACUCCAGUGAACGCUACACGACCGACCGACGCUACCGGACCGGCAGCUUCACCAAAGGUUUCUCAACAGAUUGAAGGAGCCGCUCCGGCCGCGCUGUCCCAGCUCACCGGCGUCGACCUUAAGGCGAGCGCAUCUGCGCUUGGGACUCCUCUAAGCUCCCAGGAUCACGAUGGAGCAGAGGUCAAAGUCUCUUCAGGUGCAGCGAAAUCUGCAGCGAAAAGCGCGACCCCGACCCUCGAAAUUCCUCCCAACUCGCAUACCCGAAAGAAGCCCGAUUCACGACCAUCUCUUACCCUAGGCUCAUCUCUUCCCGAACAACCCCUCUCUCCUGCGUCCUCUGUCGACCCAUACUCCAAUAAUACUCCUGUCCCUACGGCCGGCUCACCUGUCACAAGCCCCGGAGAGGAGAUAUCUGAUGCUGGAAAGAUUGGUCGUCCGAGCCCGAAACACAACCGUAAAAUGUCUCGCGCGGCCUUGGUUCCCUCUACGCCGGAUGAGCAGCUACGAAUGGAGGAAGCUCAAUCAAUCCAGCAGACCUCAGCAGACGGUGUCAAUGGUGUCAAUGGGCUGUUGUCAAAUGAAGUUAUCAAAGAAAACGUUGAAGCUGCAGAAGAUACGGAAAAGAUGGAUAUUGAUGAAGACACAAGCACCGAGGUUCCUGAGCCAACUCUCUCUGAUGAGAAACUGCCAGCGUCCGGGGAAGCUAUCUCACCAAAUGAGCGUCUCCCUGAAGGAACACAGGUUUCCGAUGAUGCGGUUGAAAUCUCUUCCACCAAGAAACCGGUAUCAAUCCAACCCACUCAAUCAGAUCAACCUCAACCAGAGCGUAUGACAACCCGGGUUUCUUCCGGAGCCAUCCGCCAUAAGUCCGUUUCCGAAAUUCUUGGUGAGGCAUCCAGAAGCUAUACACAUGACAAGACCAGUGUUACAAGCGAUCAUGCCUCUCCCGACAGUGUCGCGCGGAUGCGGUUCAAGGACCGAAAAGAGAGGGAAAAGGAGAGAACCAGAGUAUCCACCGUUGUUUUCCCAAAACAGACUCUGUCUCAACAAGACAAGACCGAUUCACUGGACCUCGCUCAUUCGGAAUCUGGAGAUGCGGUCGCCAAACUCAACGAAGAGCAAGACUAUCUUUUUACUCUAUUUUUGAACAGGGCCUAUGCACCUCCACGAGGAUCGAAUCUUAACACUCUCCUGGCAUCUGCUCACAAGACAUUGAGCACCUCCAACCAUCUCCUCGAAUACCAGGAGCAAAUGGACUGUCGGACACUACGCCGUAUCUACGGACUUCAGAAUGCCAAUCGCUGGCCUUUACGGCAGAUGAAGCGAUCACAGGAGCCUCCCCGGCAGGGUACCCAUAUGGACAUCCUUUUGGAUCAUAUGAAAUGGAUGCGUACCGAUUUCCGCGAGGAACGCAAGUGGAAACUAGCAGCAGCGAAGAGUUGCGCUGACUGGUGCGCGGAAUAUGUGAAUAGCGAUGAUGAACACCGGGCUCUGCUCCGCGUGAACGCAAAGAUACCUUCACCUUCCUCAGCACCAGAAGAUGCGCCCAAAGCAGGCAUGGCUUCUCCUUCCGAAGAUGCAGGCGAUGAAGCCCUGGAUGCAUCACACCCUACCCCAGACUUGGUUCCAUCUGCCGAAGAAGAGUCAGUUAGCGAUGGCUUCAAUGAUGAGCCAAGACAUGACAUCCAUGACACCGUUGCCCCCGCAGCUAUAUUCUCUUUGGGAUCUGACGAAUUCAAUUUCUCCCUCGAAAUGAACCCUGUCGCUGAGAAAUUAUUGGACGAGCUUCCGCUCUAUGAGCCACUGAGGAUUGGCCCGGAAACGCAAUUACCAGAUUUCAAGCAGCCACCCGAUUCCACCUGGAAAACGGAGAUUCUUCCCGUAUCGAAGUUCGCGUCGACCAAAAUCAAGUUUCAUGAUGAGGAGCGCCCCCGCAAACGCAGCCGCUACGAUUAUACUCAGUAUGCAUCUAAUCUGGAAACUCGUUUCAUGGAGCUGCCACCAGAACAGGACAAUGUUGCCCUCUUUCGACCCGAGAACAAACAUAUCCGUGACCGCAUUCAUCCUGGUCAUUCGUUCCGUCCUCCCACAGAACAUCCGAUGCCAUCGGUUGGGUUUUUCGAAUCACGACACUCCUCGCAAUGGACAGUGUCCGAAGACGACGAACUUCGCCGCUUGGUCAAGGAGUAUUCCUACAAUUGGUCCCUUAUCUCAAGUUGCCUGACUCCUCCAUCUUUGUUCACAUCUGGAGCCGAGAGACGAACACCGUGGGAGUGCUUCGAACGAUGGGUAGGACUGGAAGGUCUACCGGCGGACAUGUCGAAGACUCAGUACUUCCGGGCCUACCAUCAGCGACUUGAAUCGGCCCAACGAACAGUUCUUGCUCAACAACAGGCUGCCCAGCAACAGCAGCAGCAGCAGGCGGCUAAUAAUGGGCAGGUGCAGCAGCCCAUCCGUCGUCGGACAACCCAGCCUCUACGGGUGGAUAGGAGAAGAUCUUCCCGACAUCUCGCGUUGCUGGAUGGUAUGCGUAAAUUGGCAAAGAAACGCGAGACAAUGUUGCAAAAGCAGCAACAUGCUUCUCAUCUUGCUUCACUCAGGAAAGCAAAUGAAGCAAACCAGCCAAAGCCUCCCAUCUCGUCGCCAGCUGAAUUUAGUCGUCUCAAGUAUGAUCGUGAGAUGAAGCUGCAGGAACGCCAAGAGCACUACCGACAGCAAAUGAUCGCACAGCAAAGAGCAAGUCUUGUGGCUCAACGGGGUGGACAAGUACCGAAUCAACCGCAGCUCCAGCAGCAAACGCAGCAGCAGAUGAUGAACGGUCAAGGCCGAUCUCCAAACAACAUGCCACCUAAUACUGGAAAUGCCGGAAUGGUCAACGGGACUCCGAACGGAGCGUCCGCUGUGAUGGCGCCUGGCGUUGGAGUUAAUCAAGCUCGCCCACAGCCGAUGCAGGGAAUGCCGAAUGGGACAACGCCGGUGAAUGGUCAACUCCCAGCCAAUCCCAUGGCGAUGAAGAUGAUGCCACAAAAUCAGAUGCAGCAGCCAGUUGGCGCGCGACCUGGACUUCCCAUGCAAUCCUCUCCUGAUAAUGCGCGAGUCAUUCGAGAAGCGAACCGGCUUCAGGAACAACAGCGCCUUCUGCAGUCUCGCCAGCAACAACCGGUUCCCCACCAGCCAGGCCAGCCUCAGCAAGCGCAACAACAAUUCCAUAAUCAGCAGUUCGCACCGCAGGGGUCCCAUUCCCCUAAUCUGAACAUGCCGAAUGUGAACGGAACACCGAACAAUCCUGCAAUCAUGGCCGCUAUGCAAGCCCAGGGCGGAAUGCAGAGCCCGUCUUUCCAUGGCGGCACGCCGCAGGGUGUGUCCACCCCGUCGCCGCGCAUGGGUCAACCCAAUGGACUCUCCAGUGGUGUCGUUCCGACCAUCAGCACCUUCCAGAGUCAGAUUCAGCGGGCCAACCCCAAUCUACCGGCAGAGCAAGUGAACAAGCUGGCCACCGACCGACUCAACCAGUAUCAACAGCAGCGUAUGUCGCAACAGGCCGCUAUGAACGCAGCGGCAGGUGGUAUGAGCAAUGUCCAGAACAAUUAUCAGGUUCCGCACGACGGUAACUUCCAAACGCCUCAGCAGCCCAGCGUGCCUAAUAGUAAUCCUGCCAUGCAAGUCCCUCAAAACCAGGGAUUCUCUCCGAUGAUGAGAGUCCCGCAGGCCAACCAGCAGAACCGCGUCAAUGUCACCAGCUCCCCGGCUAUGAACGGAGCCGUUCCCCAAGCUAGCCGGAGUGCAACACCCCAGACCCAGCGCAGCGGCAGCGCACAAGCGGGAGCGGUGCAGGGCUCCAGCAAGAGCCCCCACCCCCCAGCAGCCCAGACAGCGAGCAGCUAA